AUGGCGUCUAAUAUUUAUAUUUAUUCGUUAUUUUAUCUUUUCAUUUAUUUUACUUCAACAAAUGGAUUUAUUCCACAACCAAUAAUUGCUGAUGGUGGACAAAGCAGUGAUAGUAUUACACAUACAGAAAUUACACAACUUGGUUUUAUUCGUACUCUUUGUCGUUACCUUUAUGAUACACGUAUUGUUCCAAAUAAAAAUAAUACUGUUAAUAAGAAUCCACAAGAUUACUUUGCUAAACAACAUACAAUUGAUGAUUGCUAUAAACUUGCACAUCCUGAAUAUAGUGACGCUCAAGUAACAUUAUACACAGGUCCAAUGAAAUUUGCACUUGAUCUUGUCAUGACACACAAUGCUCUCGUUGAUUUUGAUCCAAAAACAAAAAAAUUAUCAUCUGCACAUUGUGAUAGUGAAGCUUUUCCUAAUUGUAGUCGACGUAUUAUUCAAUUGAAAAAAACAGUUGUUGAUGAUGUACUUAACAAUAAGACCGAUUUAACUAAUGCACAUACAUCUCUUGGACAAUUACUUCAUACAUUACAAGAUUUUUAUUCUCAUUCAAAUUGGGUUGAAUUGAACAAAACAGAUGUUAAUAUUCUCAUUGGACAAAAUGAAACAAUUGGUACAGUUGCUGCACCCGAUCAAGCAACUUGUACCAACAAUGGUUGUGUGACUAAAACACAAGAUUGUAGUAUAUGGCAACGUAUUACUUUGAGAAAAUGUCCACUUGUUUAUUAUGAUUGUACAAAUAAUAUUUUACCUGAAAUAAUUAAUAAACAAUUAUUAACAAGUGGAUAUUUAUUAGAUCAAAUGACUGACAGUAAUGGUAUAAUAAGUAAACCAUUAAAUCUAAGUAAAUGUUCUCAUGGAUCAGUUUCUGAUGAAUCAACAAGUAUACCAGCUAUUGGUGGUAUUAAUAAAGAUUCGACUAAUUUAAUCUUUUCACCUCAUGCAAAUCUUCAUUUUAUAGCUGUUGAAUAUGCUAUAAAUGCAACGGAACGUUUUCUAAAUGAUUUACGAAAACAAUUUGGAGAUGAGAAAUUCGGUCAUCUUUUUCUUGUUGAUCCAACAGACAUUGCAGCAAAAGCUGUAGAAGAUGAAGUUGCUAAAGGAAAACGAUUUCGAUUUUUUACACCACUUGUUACAGCUAGUUUAAACAAAAGUACUGGUUUUCUUAUGGAUUUAAAAAAUACACUUACAAAAACUAUCAAUUCAAUUACAUCAAUAUUCAAUAAUAUAUUUCCUAGUGGCAAAGCAAAUAUACCAACAUUUGAUUUAAGUGAUUUAGGAAUUAAUAUUGAAGAUAUGAGUAAUUCGGAUGCUGCACCAUAUCUUUUUGCAAGUAAAAAUACUGGACGUAAGAAACGUUUAAUUGAUGCUCGUCGACAACAAAAAAUAAACAAAUAA